AUGAUAUGGGGCUUUGCAGCUUCAACCGGAGAUGCGAACGGACUAUUGAGAUGUUGUCGCCAGACCAGAGACGGGUCUUACCCUUACUGCCAGCUCCCUGAUAACGUUAACGAGCUUCAGAAGCUCAAGAUUCUAGUAGACUCAACAUACGACCAUGGAAUUUGGCUCAAGUUUGAUUUCUACUGGAAGCAGAACGGUCAUGUCCGCGACGCUGUGAGCGCCGUCCGGGACAUGGACGAUCCCAUGGUUUUGCGUCUUGGCAAGAUGCGUAAUAUUGACGAUAUCAUCGUGAUACUGCGCGCUCCAAGACGGGGUUACUUUGUCGGAGCGUUUAUGAUGAUGUUUGCAAAGAUGGACGACGUCUAUUUCUACAUCUCCAGCAGGUCAGAGGUUCGGAAACGCAAGGGGUGGCACUCAGACGCCAAGAUCACCAUCAGGUUUACCACUGAAGGUGUACAGUCUGGCCAGUCAACGAGAGAAGCAAAGAACUUCUGGGAAUGCCGAGCAACGAAGAUACUGGAAGAUCCAUUAAGGAAGUAUCUGAAGGACCGGGCGCAGAUGCCCUACUCUAUGAGUACUUUCUUGUUUUCUGGGCUAGACUCCCAAGCGUGCCCACGAUUGUCUCGUAACAGAAUACCCGAUUAUUUGCGAAAGCAUUUCGAAGAGACACUUCGCAACUUCCAGAAAAACAUCGCCACAUAUGCUGCCAGCAUGCUAGUUGUCCGCCAUGAAAGCUUAAUCGAUCUAAAAUGGUCUGACGAGCUGGCCUGGGAGCAUAUCAGCUACCACACAAAAAGUAUGAGGGCCAGGUAUCAGUUUCUAUUGGACACCCUGGGUGGCCCAGAUGGAGGCUGUCUCAAUAUGCUGCGCUUGCAUCCUUUCAAGACGAUGGAUUUCUCAGGUUCCAAUUACUUCAGACCCCAUGAAUGGGUUGCUAGGCAGGACAAAGGUGGACUUGCUGGGGCUUCUAGUAAGAUCAAUCAGCGUCUACGAGCACUAUCUGAUCCUUACGCGUCAGAGGAUGUUCUCCGUCUGCGACAAACCUGUUCACAUCUCCGUGCGGUGCACUGGGCUACUGCUUCUUUACAAAUGCCUCCUGAGUCUCGUUCUCCCUCUCUAUGGUUAGACCACUACCCCAACGUUAUUCGGUGCCACUGGAAUGUCAGGAGUCUAGUCGAGUGGAGUUUUCGAUGGGAGGCAAAGAAGCGUCGGUACACAGGGGCAAAUUCCUCAGAAAAGAUCGGGUGCUGCGUUUAUGCCGACGGUGGGAAUGCAUGGGGUGCUGUCAAGGCUCGUUACAUUGCAUGAGCGAGCUUGCGUCCCCUUGCGAGCAAAGGCGUCUCAGAAGUACGUAUGCCUUCAUUCAGGACUACGAUUCCGAUGAUGCAUAUGACCAGUUGCAGUCAGAGGACAGUAGAAUCGAUCGGCCAGUGAUAAUAAGUCGAGAGUGCAUUCGGACAGCGAAGCUUAAGAAUGGCGAGCGUUGGCUUGGUGGUUGGUGUCGCUAUCGAAAGCUAGCUUCAGAGUAUACAAGUUGGAACGUCGAGUCACGUUCCAAGGAAAAUACUGAGGAGAAGGAGAAGUUCAAGUUUGUAUGCUGCGCAUACUCAGUUUAAAACUUUGUGUAAUGGGUGAGUUGCUCC